AGGUCGUCGUGCCUUUUCGGUGUUUUCGUUGCUCUGGUGAACUCUCCUUCUGUCGUCUUCGUUAGCACACGUUUUACGCCUCCUCUCAUUAUUGUGGUUACAAUCAUCAGCACCUCAUUUUUCCCCCUUUUGCCGUCGAACACUCUCACUCCAGUAAGAAGCGCUUGUCGGCCCUCAUACAGACACGCCGCGAUACACACGCGCAAUUGGAAAGAUAUUUUUUGACAGCUCUUCUCUAUUUUCUCAUUCAUCUGUUUCCGACCAUAAAUAUAUAUGCUGUCUAGCUUUUCGCUUUCUUUUUUCUAUAUAUUUGGCAUUGUUUUACUUGUCGCUAGACCGCCUUGACGUGUCGUUGACUCAAGAAGUCGAUCUGUCACUCACCUAAGUAUUGUCACCACACCGCUUUCUACGAGUUGUAGUUGCACUUCAUUAGCGUUGUAAAGCCUUCUUGUAGAGCGUAAGGGUGACUCUAUUACUAUAAAUUCUGCCCUUUUUGCGAUACACGCUGACUGUGUGUGUAUUACUAUUUUGUUAACUACAACGCUGCCGGAGCGAUACCCAAGAGCAGCGGUAGAAUGAGCUCCCAUCGCAGCGCGCAGAGAUCGCAGCAGUCCUCCUCCUCCGCGAGUUCAUCGACCGACAAUGACGAUCAUCGCGGUGACAGCGAGCAAUGGGACAUCACCAUCUCCUUCUCGUGCGGUGGGUGGUUCUUGAUGUACUUUUUUGGCGCCGCUUACGCGCUGAUUGACUCGGGGGUGCUGCAGCGGUGGUACGCGGAGGGCAAGCGAGUCCGUUUUACUGGUGUCAGCGCCGGCGCCUUGGCCGCGACGUGCCUCGCCUCUGGUCAGUACGAUUUCUUAGCGGUGAAGCAGUUCUCCGCCGCCGUCGCGGCUGACUUCCGAAGCUCCAUUUUCCACAUGUUCCGCAUGCGCAAGUACCUGCUCGCUUCUAUUGACAACUUCGGCGGCAACUUAAAAGCCCUCGACACCAACCCACAGAUGCGCAAGCUGCUCGAGAGCGGCUGCCUCGAGAUCGGGGUGACAGAGCUGCCGAAGUUCAAGUCGCGGCUUCUCUCCCGCUUUUCGUGCUACGCCGACAUCCACGAAACGCUGUGCGCCUCGUGCUGUCUCGUGCCGCUGGUAGGUCUGCCUUUCAAGAUGGAGAGCACCGGAGCGUGGUGCGCGGAUGGCGGCAUCAGCAACUUCACUCCACGCAUGGAGGAGGAGACAACGAUUUCCGUCUCUGCUAUGUACUUCCAAGACGCGUCGGUGCGGCCACGCGUCUUUGUGCCGUCGUGGUGGGCCCUGCGACCCCCCAACGAGCACAAGUACAACAAUCUGUUUUGGAUGGGCUACAACGACAUGAUCGACUACCUCGUCGUCGCUGGUCACCUCAGCCGGGGUAACGGCGGUUGUCUCCUGAAGCAAGAGGUCGACUUCCAGGCGCACGACACCUACCUCGAGGCGAUCUUUUCCUUCUUUAUGGAGCUGCUCAUGUUGAUCUACAUUCGCCCGGUCAUUAUUGUGUGUGUGUACGCGGAGUUGGCGGUGUCGAUGGCGUGGUGGGCUGCACGGGGCGUCGUGACGUGGGAUGGGUCGUCGUUCCGAAACUGCUACGACAGCUUCCGCAACGCGGUGUCGCUGCGCACGCUGGGGCGGAUGGUGUUCGGCUCCAAAGUCCCGAGCAACGAAGAGCGGCUGUCGCGUCAGAGUCGCGUCUUCCGCGUAUUCGACCCGGUUGCGUUGGGAGGCAACAAGAAGACCGGGCGGGAGUGUUGGAGUCCCAAAGGGUCGGCGCUGCUCGGUCGCGUGCCGACGCUCUCACCAAACGCGCGUAAGGCAACGCACUUUCCGACGAAGUAA